GUCUGCUGAUGGGCGGGGCGGCGGCCUCCUCCGCGUUGGGCUACCUCAGCUCCUGCGCCCCCAGCUCCUGCUCCCCGUCCUCGCCGCUGGCCAGCGGGGCCCCGGAUGUGGCGCCGGGCUCCGGGGCCUUCGCCGACCUCCCCGCCGGCGGCUCCUUCCACGCCUGCGGCCAGGACGUCGACUCCCCGCAUUUCAACACCUUCGACUUCGAAGGAGACGCCGACUUUGACGCAUUUGACUGCGGAGGAUUUGCCUUUUGAAAGGAACUGUGCACACUGCAAAAACAAGCAGUUCAGUAAAACCUACGGUCCUGUGAUGACCUUUAACCUGGGCUGGCAGCGGGUCGUCGUUCUGGUCGGAUACGACGCAGUGAAGGAAGCUUUGGUGGACCAAGCAGACGACUUCACAGGCCGAGCGCCGGUGCCGAUUCUGCACAGAGCCACCGGAGGAUACGGAAUUGGGAUCAGCAAUGGGAACCGCUGGCGUCAGCUGCGGCGCUUCACUCUGUCGACUCUACGAGACUUUGGGAUGGGAAAGAAAGGGAUGGAGGAGUGGAUCCAGGAGGAGAGCAAACACCUGAGGGCUCGCAUGUACACCUACAGAGGUGAAUCUUUCGACCCGACCAUCUUGCUGAGCCGCACAGUGUCCAACGUGGUCUCCUGCCUGGUGUUCGGACGGCGCUUCAGCUACGAAGACAAGCAGUUUGUGAAUCUACUGGCUGUCAUAACGAUGAUCGUCAGGUUCAACAGCAGCCCUGAGGCCUUGAUGUACAACAUCUUCCCGUGGCUCAUGGAGCGACUUCCUGGCAAGCAGCACGUCGUUUUUGAAAAGAUCGAGGAGAUCCGAGACUUUGUCAAGACGAAGAUCCAAGAACACAGAGACACACUGGAUCCCAGCGAUCCCAGAGACUUCAUCGACUGCUUCCUCAUCCGAGGUCAUGAGGAGAAAGAAAAUCCCUCCACAGAGUUCCACUACGACAACUUGGUGGCGACUGUGAUGGAUCUGUUCCUGGCGGGAACAGAAACCACCAGCUCCACCAUCAGACACGCUCUGAGUGUGCUGAUCAAACACAGACACAUUCAGGAGAAAAUGCAGGAGGAGAUUGACUCUGUGAUUGGACGGGAGCGAUGCCCCAACAUGGAGGAUCGGAAAUCGCUACCGUUCUCGGACGCCGUCAUCCAUGAAAUUCAGCGUUUCCUGGACAUCGUCCCCUUCAGUCUCCCUCACUACACACUGCAGGACGUCUCGUUCAGGGGUUACACCAUCCCAAAGGACACUGUGAUUGUGCCGUUGCUGCACUCUGUGCUUAAAGAGGAACAGCAAUGGGCGACUCCGCAUACUUUCAACCCGCAGCACUUUCUGGACCAGAACGGGAACUUUAAGAAAAACCCAGCAUUCCUGCCCUUUUCUGCAGGGAAAAGAGCCUGUGUGGGCGAGUCUCUGGCUCGGAUGGAGCUUUUUAUCUUCAUAGUGACUCUCCUGCAGGACUUCACCUUUACUUGCCCUGAAGGCCCCGACAGCAUCAACCUCAACCCGGAGUACAGCAGCUUCGCCAACCUGCCUCGUUCUCACAAAAUCAUCGCGACGCCGCGAUGAAAGGGGACAUUUCAGUUCAACUCCAAUAAUAAUUACAAUUUAACUGCAUUUACUUCACUAAUAUCUUGAUCCAACUAACACGACUGAAACAAUGAAGAUUUCGCAAAAAAAAAAAAAAAAUACACCAGCUCUUUCUUUCCAUAAAAAUGUUUUAGCAAAACAAAAAGCAAACUGGCUUGAAUCUUUCCGGACGUGGAUUCAAGCUGUGUGAAGUGUGGUUUGGGCCCAGCCACUCUCAGUCUUAUGUUUUGGACCUAUUCUUCCUUAUCUCAGUUUUGGAAAUCUGUUUUUGACUCACUUUCUGUAAUUACUUCAGCCACAAUACAGCGCUCUCCACUCGCUGCUUUAUUUGUGGUCCUCCCCAAAAACCAGUUACUGUCACCCCAUCAUGCUGACCUUGUGGCCUUCCUUACGCUACUGACUAGACGUAUCAUUCUGAUGCAUUGAAAGAAUCCUCUCCCACUCACACAUUCUCAUUGGAUAAAAGAUGCACUUUCUUUCAUGAAACUGGAAAAAAUUUAGGCAUACUGUCAAAGGCUCUGAAAUCACGUUUUCAAGAAGCUGGUCACCAUUUUUGGACCAUAUUAUGUCUUUGUCACUUGAUGUGACCCCAUGAGUGGUGCUCCCCCUGACGUCCCACUUUUAUUGACAUGUACCCUUUAACUAAGUCUUAUAACAAUUUUAGUAGCACAGACUACAUUAAGCCAUUUAGGUGCCCCGUUUUAGUUGUUUUCUGUCUAAUUUAUAGUUUAUUUACUUUCUGUUACCUCUGUUUGUUUAUUUUUUAGUUAUCUACUUUCUAUCCAAGUACUUAUGGAAAUGAUUGGUGGGUUCUGUUUAUGUGCUUUGUUUUAUUCUUGGUUCUUGUCAUGUAUUAGUUUAUGCUUAUUCUCCAAAGUACUGUCUCAAGUGUGACUUGAAUGUCUAUGCAUGUUGCUCAUUGUUAUGUGGAAAAUCUAAUAAAAAAAUGUUUUAGGCAAACAAAUAAAUAAAUUAGUUUGA